AUUAAAAUUGAGUAAAUCUUGCAUCAAUAUUUUUAGGCACACAACCCUUUAUACAUUUGCGUAAUGAAUGGUUAAAUGAUGUUUUGUGCAUCGUGAUAUCAUUUAGGCCUGUAUAUUAAUUGCUAUAUUACUUGGAAAUGAUUUAAAAUCCUUUCAAACGCACUAUUUGAGGUUUCAAUAAAAUAUAAAGAACUUGCAACACAAUGAAGUAUGGAGGAAAUUGAAUACUUUUCGCGAAUAUCAAAAAUGGGAAUAUUACUGCACUUAAUUCAAUUUUUUUUUUUUCAGUGACUGUGAAAAACUAUGUAGAGGCAGUUACUGACGUGAAAUAAACUUGUCUUGUUAUCUGUCUUGUUAUGAUGAGGAUUGCAGCAUAAUUAUUACGAGCUACGCUGUUGUUGGAAGUGACUGAAAAAUGGAUAAUUUAACUACUCAGCGCUGCUCAGCCAUGAAUUCUAGUUACAAGUGUAAGAAAUAAACUGAUAAUUCAAGCAAUAUUGCAUUUAAAUUACGGAUUGUUUAUGUAAAUGGUGUAUAAAGUAUAACAUAAGUCGAAUCUCGCAGAGACUGAGAUCAUGUUUAAGGCAUGACUAGACUUCAAACUCAGUUGUCUUGUUUCGAAUAAAGAUGUUUUAUGUGAUCUCGCGCAUAAAAUAUUACACACCCUCAGACCCAUUUGGAUUGUUACAAACACUUUUACAGAUGGCUUGAAUUCUGAAAUCAAUCCCGUUUACUGGCUUUACAACUAUUCCUUCGGUGUUCCUGUAGACCCGAGCACUUCGCAACAUUCAUUGGUUAUUUUUUUUUUUUUUCAGUAGAUAGUUGGUGUUGUUAUAGGGCUCAUGGCGUUGGGCAAAACAAGCUUUUUUUACAGCGAGGACGAAUGAUUUAUCCUUUAUUGUUCAGUCCCUGUGAUCACGUGCUUACGGCACCCAAUCAAAUGGCAGAAUGCCUUCAACUUAUUAAGCGACUGGAGCUUUGCGAGGGGGGACGCAGCCUUUUGAUUCCCACACUUUAUUAUUUUGCGAGGCUGUUGGUGUAUGUGUGUUGGUGUGUGUGUGUGUGUAUAUGUGUGUGUGUUUUUUUUAAUGUGUGUAUAUGAAUGCGAGCGAGCCCCCACCAUGUCGACAUCCGGAGCUCUGACAGGAUACUACGUUGACUCUCUGCUACUACCGGAGAGCGAGGAAGCCCACUUUCCUGCAGGCCCGGGGCUUCUCCAGCACGCCAGGCAGUCUGCUCUACCAACCGAGCGCAGCGAGCUCGGGCCAUGCGUGUUUCCCUCGAAGCAGCCCGUGUAUGGCGGCUCAGGAUGGGGCCACAUACCCUCCGUGUAUCACUCGCACGCGCAAUCCCAGCCCCAGUUAGCGGGAGACUACGCACAGCCGUGGCUCCUGGACUCAGGCUGCGCUCCCCUGCCUCUGACUGAGCUGCCGGCCGUCCAUCACCACUUCCCUGCAAAACACGAGCUGCUCGGCCACGCUAACGGUGCGCUUUCCAGCUCCCAAGCUGCUCUCCUACAGGAGGACUUCACCAACGGUGGAUGCGCCACAGACACGGAUGCGCUGACCGCUCGCACUACAAAAGCAAGAGGCGAGGAACCAGAGAAACCAAGCGUCGAUCCAAACAACCCCGUGUCCAACUGGCUUCACGCGAGCUCCACGCGCAAAAAACGCUGCCCGUACACUAAGCACCAGAUCCUGGAGCUGGAGAAGGAGUUUCUCUUUAAUACAUACCUCACGCGCGACCGCAGGUACGAGGUGGCGCGCCUCCUCAAUCUCACUGAGAGACAGGUCAAAAUCUGGUUCCAAAACCGCAGGAUGAAGAUGAAAAAACUGAACAAAGACGGCACGAAAGACGAGUGA